UGUGCAGGGCGGGAAUAUGAGGCCCGCGCAGGCCGGAGGCCGGGAAGCGGACUUGUAGAGCCCGGACGUCGGCCAGCUCUGGUAACUUCGAAACCUGAAUCCCAAACCUCCUAGUCCUGAAGAAACCUAACUCCCGUUCACCUAUACCGCAGCCCACAACAGAAGAGCGGCUACACAAGGCCACCGCGGCAGCCUCCUUCGGCCCAGACCGGAAGUUGGCCCUGUUCCGGCCUUAGGACGUCAGGGAAAUGAGGGGCUUCCGCAGAAAAUGUUCCGCCCCGCUUUCCUCAGACGGCCCUAGCUCACAGCUUCCUAGAAUAUGCCUGCUUCCCCUAAUUUUUUUCUUUUUACAAUAAGACCCAUAUCCUCAUGUGACGUUGCCUCCUCUUCUUCUCUUGGAAAACCCACGUCAUCUCCUAGCGCUGAAACUUUCCACGGAUACAGGCCCCUAAAAGGCAGCCCCACGACCGUGACGUAUAAUUUCAGCGCCGACGCAGGAAAGCCCCUGCUCCUCUUGCCGUCCCCUGUCCUACGCUGAACACGGCUUUUUGAAGGGAAACGUGCGCUGCUGAAUGGAGCUCGUCGCUGGUUGCUACGAGCAGGUCCUUUUUGGGUUCGCUGUGCACCGGGAUUCCGAGGCGAGCGGCGACCUCGAGCAGAAAUGGACUCCUGUGGCUGACUUCACUCACCAUGCCCACACUGCCUCCUUGUCAGCCGUGGCUGUAAAUAGUCGUUUUGUAGUCACUGGCAGUAAAGAUGAAACAAUUCACAUUUAUGACAUGAAAAAGAAGAUAGAGCACGGGGCUCUAGUGCAUCACAAUGGCACAAUAACUUGUCUGAAAUUCUAUGGCAACAGGCACUUAAUCAGUGGAGCAGAAGAUGGACUAAUCUGCGUCUGGGAUGCAAAGAAAUGGGAAUGCCUCAAGUCUAUUAGAGCGCACAAAGGACAUGUGACCUUCCUCUCCAUUCACCCGUCUGGCAAGUUGGCCCUGUCUGUGGGUACAGAUAAGACAUUAAGAACAUGGAAUCUUGUGGACGGAAGGUCAGCAUUCAUAAAAAAUAUAAAACAAAAUGCUCACAUAGUUGAAUGGUCCCCAAAGGGAGAGAAAUACAUAGUUGUCACCAUGAAUAAAAUAGAUAUCUAUCAACUCGCCACUGCAUCUGUCAGUGGUACCAUCACAAAUGAGAAGAGAAUCUCCUCUGUAACGUUUCUUUCUGAGUCUGUCCUUGCAGUUGCGGGAGAUGAAGAAGUUGGGGUAAAGUCUUAG